AUGUCGCUAAUUCCCCCAAGCUCGCGUGAUGGUUGGUCUUAUUCGGGCGACUUCCAUGUGGAAGCCAGUGGCAACAAUCGUCACCGCCGCGCGACCAUCCCGGAGCUCAAGGCCGUAUUCGACGGUACCGACGGCCAGAAAGACCGCCCAGCUCAUUGGUAUGAGGCCCAACUCAUUCAUUAUGGCUUGCCGCCGUCCAAAACCAAAGGGACUGCCAAGAUGAGGCUCUUCGACGCUGUCGGCAAGGGAAACCUGACUGUGCCGGCUCACAUCCUCAAGGUGGAAACUGAGCUGAAAAAGGAGUGGAACAAGCGAGAACGUGAAGCCAGGCAGACUGCGAAGCUAUUGGGACCGACAGCAACUGCUGCUAAGAAACCCACCAAGCGCAAAGCGGAUGAUAGCCAAGGCGGAGCCUCCUCGGGGACCAAUGUCAACAUCAACCUCAGUCUAUCUAUUGGGCCCCAGGGCAGCGUCCAAGUUGCACCGACUGGGCCUGUGGCAAAGAAGGCCAAAACAACACCUGCUACCAAAAAGCCGGCUCCUGUUACCAAAAAGCCGGCUCCUACUACCAAAAAGCCGGCUCCUGCUACCAAAAAGCCGGCUCCUGCUACCAAAAAGCCAGCUCCUGCUACCAAAAAGCCAGCUCCUGCUACCAAAAAGGCGGCCUCUACCGCCAAAAACGGAGCGCUUGCCACAUUGAACCCGACUCAGACAGCUCCACCCAAGAAACAGACAGCUCGGCGCGGUACCGCCCGAGCGGGGGCGUCCAUGUCAGCCUCGUCCCGCAUUACGCCUGCUGCGUCCCCCGCGUCUGCCGACAAGCCAGUCGCCCGCCAGACGGCGCGGCGUUCUCGCCCCUUCGACAGAGCUAGCCAGGGCCGCACGACGGCGGCUAGCCCCCAAGCGUCUCGCUUUGACGCCACUCCCUCUCACUGGGACUCAAUCGGCAGCCCUCCGCCGCCCUACCCGGGGCCGCCAUCGUAUUUUGACGACAAUGACGGAGACGAUGGGUACCAUCCCUCAGGACUACCUCCGUUGGGCCUGUUGAACGGUCGGUACCAACUGCGCUGCACCGCCCCGCACGCACAUGCCGACGACGAGUAUGACUCGGGCAUAAUCUUCACGCUUGACGGCGACGCCCUAUGGGGUUCUUUUGAGAUUGGCCCCUUGUCGGGUAUCCUUCGCCUGGACGAGCGGCCCUGGUCGUCUUCCCACCAACCUCUAUACUUUGAGUGGCGGGGAGAGGAUAGCCAGGGUGGGGCGCACUCCGAGACAGACGACGGGAGCUACAUCAAGUUCCUUGGAAAUGGCGAGGUUGUCGGGCAGAUUGGCUUCUACAACACGAUGCUCGAGUUUGACGGAUAUCGUGUGAGUGGUUCGGAUACGCGCAGUGAGGUCAGCGCGUUUUCGAUGCGGCGGGAGUGGGACGAGCGGUUCUUUUAA